AAUGACAACAGCAGUUUCAGAGCUGUCUGUGCCAGUCCCAUGGGGAGAGAUCAAAGGCAGAGUGUGGGGUCCUGACCACGGUCGGCCUGUGCUGUGCCUGCAUGGCUGGGCUGACAACUGUGGCUCAUUCAACACCCUCAUUCCUCUUCUACCAAAAGAAUUUAGAUAUGUGGCAGUGGACCUGGCAGGUCAUGGUCUGUCUUCUCAUCCUCCUCCUGGAGUCUUCUACUGUCUUCCUCCGUAUGUGAUGGAUGUACGCAGGGUUGUUGACGCUCUCCAGUGGCCCAAAUUCUCCCUGAUAGGCCACAGUGUCGGUGGAAACAUUGCUGCGAUGUUUAGUUCACUGUAUCCAGAAAUGGUGGCUGCUCUUGUGUUACUGGACUCCUGUGGAUACAUUACCACUGAUGUGAAAGAAACAGCCAAAAUGAUGAGACAGGGGCUGGAGGAGAUGAGACAGUUUGAAAAUCAGACAACAGAUAGGAAAAGAAUUUACACAUACGACAAAGCAGUUAAAAGGCUGUUGGAUGCAGGCCCAACACUGUCUGAAAAGUCUGCUCACAUCCUUUUAGAACGAGGUCUAGUUCAAGUUGAAGGAGGAUUUGUAUUCUCCCGAGAUUUGCGAGUGAAUUUUAAAAACAUUGUGCGCCUCACUUUGGAACAGAGUUUGGAAAUGCUGUCGAGGAUACAAGCGUGCAUUCUUGUUGUGAAAGCAGAAGCCAGCUCAGCUAGGAUACUUACUCAACCACUUCUAAAGGCCCUUCAGGCUGCAAAACACAUGGUGGUCACGGUACCAGGCGAUCAUCACGUCCAUCUGAGCAAUCCUGAAAAAGUUGCUCCGCAUGUUUCUGAUUUCCUGCAGACAAAGGUGCUCUCACGUUCAGACAGCCUGGAGGAAAAACAGAAGUUAUGAGCAAGAAAUUAGUUGGAAAAGCAUGUUGUUGGAUAAGAAGUAAUGUUAACAAACCUGACUGCAGAAAAACUUUGAAUUCUGACUGACUGGGAGCGGAUAAAUACACGGGUAUUAAUCGACACUGUACUAACAGUCUCCCCAUUGCAUGAUGGGAACUGAUGAAGAUGCUACAAUAAUUCAGUGAUUAUGAAAACAAAUUAUAACUUAGAAUAUUU